AUGAAAUCAAAAGAUCUACCAAAUUUAAAUAAAUUUGUGAAUAAAAUGAUAAAAGUUAAAACAGGAAAAGGCACAACAUUUAGUGGAUUAUUGAAAGGACAUGAUGCUUUUAUGAAUAUAGUACUUAAUAGAGAAGAGGAAUACAGUUAUAUUGUAAUUAGAGGAGAUAAUAUUAUAAAUAUUGAACUUGUAGAAGAUAGAAAAUAA